GUUCACUAUAUUUUUCUGUCAAUGUCGUGUUUGUUCUUUGUGUAUGCUUUUGCAGAGUAAAGUAGAACAGAUAUUGUAUGAUGCCUUAGAAGUUAGCUUCUCGUUUGAUCAGGAUAUAGGUAGAAGAAAAGCUUUUAUAUCUUUUUUUUCCUCCAUGUGCGUGUGUGGGUGUCUAUGUAUGACACACCCACAUAUGUUUGGCAGGAGCUUUAUUAUACACACACAUAUAUCUUUGGAGGGAGCUUUAUCUUCCAUUUAAACCUCGUUUUUGCAACUUCAGAUGAAUUUUGGGAAUAUUUGAAGAAUGAGCUUAGCACAGAGGAGGCUAAAAAUGCAAAAAUAACAGAUGAAAUUGAGGGGCUUUCAAGGGAAUAUGUUGAAGAUUAUAGCAAAUUGGUGAAUGGGAUUGAAGGCUUAAGUUGUUCUUUGGAGCUUAUUGAAUCACAGGCUUGUUUGGCAGUAAUGGACUUCAUUCUGUUACACGUUUGCCGUAUGUCAGUAUCUUCCAUGUAUAGCGAGCACAUAAGCGCAAAGUUUUCAUGAUUUUUUUGUUGUUGAGAAUGGUAACAAUAUAUUCAUCAGCCUUAAGGAAAAGCUGGGCACCAUAUCUACAAAGUAGAUUAAGCAAAAUAGAACUUUGUUCUUCUUACAAGGUUACUACAAGGCUUCUAGAAAAUCCAUUAAAGAUUCAGUAUCUUCUACGUAUUUUCCUUUACACCAAAAAUACAAAGACCGUAUACAAUUCAUCUUAAUUGUCUGUAUAGAGUUGCUAUUGUCUUCAAAACAUCUGGCAUUUCUCUCAAAUAGUCCACCAUACACAAGUUGGGAUGGAGUUCCACCAUUUCUUCUGCCUUCCCCCGCCUCCCCCCUUUUGCAGCAUUUCAGAAGCUCUAUUGUAGACUCUAGCAUGACCCAAUUUAGGCCAAUCAUGCUUAGAAAAAUCUGCCAAAGCUGAAGCAAUUGUACUAGCAAUUGUUGAAUCUACAAAUGGCGAGACAACAUUUUGUAUGAGCUGAUCUUGCUGAAACCAAGCAAGAAAAUCAGGAUUGGAUACUUCUUGGUUAUUUGCAGAGAUAGUCUAAGAGAGGGCUGGUUUCGAUCCAUCAAGGUGACCAAAGAGAUUGUGCCCACGCAUAAGCAUGGACACCUGAGUCUUCCAUAGUGAAAAGUUAUGGCUACCAGUAAGUUUGAUGGGAAGUUGAGCAACGGGAUUGAACUUGGGAAGUUGAGCAACGGGAUUGAACUGGACAACAGUCUUUGAACCGGAGGUGUUAUCAGCAUUGACAACAGUUGGAGAACUUGGAGCCAUUUGUGUGUGGGUGGGUUAGAAAAAAAAAUUAGGAUCAAGCUCAUUGGAGCAGUAGGGCUCUUAAUACCAUAAAGAGUGAUAAAGGCAGAAAAAAAACUUGUAUUGUAUUUGUAGAUAUGUAAUUUUUGA